AUGGCAUCAUCAUCAACUGGGGAGGAUCCUUUGUAUUGUGGUCCCGAAGACCCGAGCGUACUUUACUUGCAACCGUAUCACAUAACCGAAAGCAUAAUCUCUGAGAAUGAUACAGACCCCUUCCAACCGCGCAAAUUGGAUAAUAACAUUUUUCAAGCUCAAAUGCAUGACCGUGUGUUGGGGCAUAUAGAGCGGAUGGGGUUUGGUGGCAUAUACCACUGUGGAAAACCGAAAAUGUUGGACGUUUCACUUAUCGGGGCAUUGAUUGAGAGGUGGCGUCCUGAGACACACACGUUUCACCUUCCAGUUGGUGAAGCUACAGUGACCCUUCAGGAUAUCGAGGUGCUUUGGGUUUAA